AUGGUUUCAACUUUGACUCUUGAAGAAAAAUUCAAAAAAGUUCGAAAAAACUUUUGUUUUUAUUUGGACAUACAAGACCAUGGACUCGCCAGAUCUAUAUCAAGAAGGAUUCAAGAUAUGGGAUUGCAACAGGACGUGUUCCUAACGUCGCGCGUGACGCACGUGGUGUCGUCGGAGGGCAGACGCGGUGCGACGCGGGCGCAGGCGCAGGCGCAGGCGGCGCCAUGUGCGCGCGGUGAUCGGCGCGCCGAUGCGAUGCUGCAACGGGUGGCGCCCGAGCCCCAGCCCGACACUGUGCUCGCACCGCAAGCGACAAGAUACGUGCAACUCACCGUGCAAAAGGCUAUAAGUCUAUUGGAUAAACUUUAUGACACAUUCUUCGCGGCGCCGCGUAAAGCGCAUAUCAGGUUCUUCACUAAACAUUUUAUCAAGAUUGAAUUUUUGGACAAAGUCUGCCGGCCGCUUCACAAGGAGUUCGACGAAUGGCCAGAGAUAUCGUUCGAGCCUGACCCGCCGCGGGACAAGAGGGAGAAAAAGGAAUCUCGGGACGAUCCGCUCGCGAACCUGAAUCGAUCGAACGCCACAGGUCAGAAAAUGACGCGAAAGAGCCGGCCUCGCAUCAAAGAGAAGGAGGAGAAGGAACAAAAGGGCGGGUACUGCGAGAUGUGCAACUCCGAGUACACGGACGCGGCGCUACACCGUCGCUCGCCGCAGCACUUGUCAUUCGUACGCGACCACGCCAAUUUCCUGGCGCUCGACUCGCUCAUCAGCGCCGGCGCCGAUGUGGCGACAUUCCUCGACCGCGCCGCCGUCGCCGUCGCCCCGCUCAACGGCGAGCGCCGCUCCCUGCGACACCUUUGCAAUGGCGAUGACACCAGAGCCACCCCCGACUCGCUCUACGGCGACCGCAGCCCUCGCCGCAACGGGCAGCUCGACGACGAGCGCCGACACAGCGCCCGAGCCACCAAGCGAGCAGACGACGACCGCCACUACUACCGCGUGGUCGGCGUCAGCACCAAGCUUCGCUCCAGCGGCGGCUUCGCAAAAAGAAAGGAAUCCCCGCCCGCCUGCAACGGGGCCAAACCGCUCGUCGUCAAGUUCAGAAAAGUGCGCCGCUCCGAACUCUCGGUGCUUAGUGACGAGGCGGAGCAGUUCAUGUUCCCGAAACGGGCGAGCUCCACGAGUUCCACGUCCUCGGAUGAGGAGGAGAAGGAAGUGCGCGGGGCGAAACGAAAGAGUCCCGCCCCGCCCCCGCCGCCGCCUGCGCCUCUGGCCGAGAGGCGGCGACUCGCCCGCCCGCUGGCACUCAAAGAAGAAUCGUCGGAGGAGGACAGUUGGCCCGAAGACAAACGGAGGCGGAAGAGACGGCCGGUUCCUGUUGCGAAGAGAGCUCGCCGAACUCCCGGGCCGCGCACGCAGACGGAAGCUCCGAUGCCGCCUCCCCCUCCCGAGGAGAAACCGCCGGAGCCCGUCCCGAAAGCGGAGCCGGAAGUGAGUCCGCUCCGGGAGGAGCCUGUGGAAAGAUGCAUGAAGUGGGAGGAUGGGCGACUGAAGUACACGCCGGCCGUCGAACAGUUGGAGUUCGCGUUCGAGUCCGUGCCCGCCAGCGAGCCCUGGUUCGAGACUUUCCGACGGCAGGAUCAAGACAAAGUUGUCGUCAAGAAUAUACCUCAAUAUUUUGAGUUAUAUUGUAAAGCAGCACCAAAGUUACCAUAUGAAAUUGGUCAGUUACCUCCUCUCAAACCAAAUUGCUGUCCCCUCAGCGACCUGGUGGUGUCCAAGAAGGAAGAGAAGGCCGGACCUUCGCGGUCGUACGGCACGCGCGGCAUGAAGAAGCAGAGAAUAAGGAAAAGAACGGCUGCAAUAUUAGCAUUAGAAGGACACCCGAGAAAAUCGCCUCGCGAGCAUGCCUCGACGCUGGCCAUCCUCGGAUCAGCGGGACUGUUGCACAGACGGAAGCAUGUAGACGACGCUAAAUCCACAGCUUCCGAGGACACAAUCAGUGACACGCAUAGUAAUUUAAAAAUAGAACCCGUCGUCUCGGAAACGCAGGUGGCGUCCGAGAGGCUCCAACAGUUCCUAUCGGAAGUUUUCGAAGACGCGGCGGAGUUCGACAUGUCGGACGAGGUCUUAGAGGGCGACGCGGCCAUCAUCACAUCCACUACCGUUCCCGACGUGUCCAGCUUGGUCUCGGAGUGCGAAGACUGCGAUAUAAUCCGGAACGAGAUCAAGCUGGGAGCGACGGAGCGGGGGCGAGGCAGACGGGGGAAGUUCAAGAAGAAGAACCGGACCGGGUGGCCGAACAAAAAGAAGGUCAAGAAAGGUUCGCGGACGAACAGCUUGGAGUCGGAGAGGAAGGCCAGUGGGCCAGAACGCUCGUCUGCAGAGCCCCCGGACGACGACACCACGCAGAGCACCAUCAGCGAGGACGACGCCAACCUCUCCGAAGCCGAGAAGACUGUCAUCGAGAAGCCGGCGGACGAAACCCUGAACGGCCACCUCGAUGAAGAGGCAGAGAAGCCCGAACCGACUGACGAAGAAGUCGAUUUGAAAGAAGACGUCCAACUCGAUGUCAAAGUCGUUGUCCAGGACGAGAAAGAGAAGCCGCCGGAGAAGGACGACAAGAGACGGUCGCGGUCGUCGAUGUCUGAAGAGGAGAAAGAGAUAAGGAAGAAAAAGCGCGCGCUUCAAGGUUUGCUUCUGCAGCCGGUAGUGCGGGUAGCUCGCGUAGACGCUGCCUCUCGCCGUCUGCGGUCAAACCGCGGUCGCGCCCGAAGGUAG